AGACUGUAUAGAUACGUAGAAGAGAUAAAAGUAGCCUAUAAAUAUAAAUGCACAAGGUUAUAUAGGCUACUCUGUACAUGUAGAUAAUAUAGUGGCUGCUUUCUGAAAUAUUUCUUUUUAAUAUAUGUUCUUUAAAUUAUAUAUAAUUUACACACAAUAUCUCUCUCUCAUUACGAUUUAUUAUACUUCAUUCAAAUAAUCUUACUUUAUAGGGAAUUCUAAAUAUAUGGGCCUUUAUUAGCAGAGAAUUUAAAAAUGUCCAUUAGCUACAUAAUGAAGUUACGUUAAUUCUGUGAAGCAGCUGAAACGACAUGUGCUUUGACUAGUUUCCUUCAGAAGGUUAUGAAUUUUUCAUGAUUAAUAAUACAGUCCACAUGUGUAUGAUGCAUAUGCAGUGUGUGUAAAGAUGUUUCUGUGACGAGAUAAAACAAAACGUGUUUUUGCUGUGAUUUGUGCUGAAUCUGUUUAUACUGAAUUCUAGAAAACACUGGUUAUGAAUUUGUAAAAUAUUGAAUAUUUUGUAAAGCCUGUUUAAUGUUGAUUAGUGCUGUGAGAAAUGAAUUAUAGGAUGUUUGUUUGUUUGUUUAUUUUCAAAUCCCGUUAUUGAAAUGUGAUUUCUAGAUGUCACGAAGAAGUAUGCUACAAAGAAAUUACUUAAAAAUGUUACUGACGAUUAAAGUAAAGGCUGAGUUUUGUUUUCUGCUAUGUGUUUUAUAGUUUUCUCGAUAGGUGAUUGAUGUGAACUUGGCUCUGAAGAAAUGAAAAGAAGUCUCUACAGUGUUAUUGUUUACUAUGGAACCUGCCUCAGCUUGCUAUUCACAUGUCUGAUAGACAAAGUGUCGAUGCACAGCGUCACAGUUGAAGCUGAUCUCGGAGGCUCUGUGAUCUUACCGUGUUCAGUCGGUCGCUAUGAAAAGGAUGUGUUCUGGCGGAAUGAAAACAGCAAGUCGGUGUAUGACAUCAUCACGGGUGAAGUGGAUUUUCAUGACCAGGAUGCUGCGUACAGGGACAGAGUCUACAGUUUUCCAUCAGAGUUCGCAAAAGGGAAUUACUCCAUCAGACUGCAUAAUGUGAAACACACUGAUCCGGGACCUUACAGUUGCCACAUUCCUAACUCCAUUACUGUCUAUGUACAACUGAAGAUUAAAGAUCAUUCAAUAAGAGGUCUACACCCAAAAUUUGUGCAAACAAGAGGAGGAGUCAGAAGACAUUCUUUGCAUUUCUCUACAGCUCUGUUGGGACUGGGUGUAUGGCUUUGCUGUAGCAUUUAUUAUUGACCACUUGCUGAAUUUUAUACAUUUAAUUUUAUUUGAAAUGUUUUAGAUGGAAUGUUUACAUUUUGAGAUUUAUAAAAAAAAAAAAAGAUUGGAAUCAUUUAUAUUUUUUACAUGUACAAUCCAUUUAAAAAAAAAAAAGUGAUAUUUUGAAAAUCAUUUCAGAAAAAAACUGGAGGCUGGGUUUUUUUUCCCCCUUAAAAUAUUUAUCCAUCAAAGAAUUAAGUAAUGAGCUCGGAUCAGUUCGAUUUGAUUUGAUUUGUACGGCGCAUUUUUAUUUUAUUUGGACACUGUCACGAAACAGAUUUACAGAAAUCUGUAUCACCGGGGAUGCUCAAAAGGAUCAUUGCAGUUCACGUGAUGUCUUACUCAUGAGCAAAUUCUCCUACUGAACCGAUUUUUUUUAAUCAAUUGG